AUGGACGUUGGGGUGGUGAAAAUUGCCGAGGACAAGGACUUUGAGAAGCUGAAGAAGUUGUACGAUGAUAAUAAUGAUUGGAAACUGGACUACAACAAGCCGGAUCUGUCCGUCUGGACCAAGUCUGUGCCUGGGAUCAGUUUUCGAAUGGUCAAGAUAAGGACGAGGUUCAGUGAUGUACAGCCGGAGACCCUUUAUGACGUUCUUCAUGACCCGGAGUACAGAAAAGUCUGGGACACACACAUGAUCGAAUCGAAGGACAUUGGAUUCUUCAAUCCUAAUAAUGACAUUGGAUACUAUUCGAUGUCCUGCACAUCCCCCUUGAAAAAUCGUGACUUCGUUCUCCAAAGAUCCUGGCUGGACACCGGUAGGGAGCAGCUGAUUAUCAAUCACUCGGUCUUUCAUAAAGAUUAUCCCCCUAAAAAGGGAUACGUGAGAGCUACAUCCUACCUCACAGGAUUCAUCGUGAGACCGUCGAGAAAUGGUGACGGGGCAGAGUUGGGGUACGUAUCCCACACGGAUCCCCACGGCAAACUCCCCGCCUGGUUGAUCAAUAGAGUCACACAGAUCUUCGCUCCCAAGAUGGUGAAAAAAUUGCACAAGGCCGCGGUGGCUUAUCCCACGUGGAAAGAGAAGAACCAUCCCAACUGCAGACCUUGGCACUACCCGGAACAGAUAAUGUCACCUCGAAUGCGCCUCCAAGAUUGCAUAAAGUCAAUUGAAGAGAAAAACAUGAAGAACAGCUACGUCGAUGAAUCGGACGUGAAAGACACGUUAGUCAAAGACAUAAUGAUGAUGGACUCUGACUAAUCAAGGGCAACACCGAGGCUCCAGCAACAUCAGUAUUAGUUCAGUCUAAGCACACGGAAAUGGUAACGAUGCAGUUGAGCCGAAAAUCAAAGAGCAAUGGAAAUUUUCAUUUCUUAGGGUAAGUCUACAUGUGAUGCUAAUCAAGUGCUCGUUCAUUUUUGUUUUAUGGUCGUUAAUAACAAUAAAGGCUGAUACUGUGACAGAAACCAGGGAUGGAUAGAUAGAUAAUUUAUAUUUCAAAUUCAACGGUGGCUUGUUUGGCCACUCAUUAGUGACUCUAGUGUUUUUUCCGGAGGUCAUGGAAUUUUUUAGUACUUCGGGGGGAUUGCUUGUCUUUUCUCAACGAUUUCUGCGUUUCUGAGGUGUAUAUUUGGCAAGUCUAAGUAUUGAAGAUGUCCAAGUGUUUUGGCUAUUUUUUAUUCAGUCUAAUAAAUUUAUUAUUUGAAAUUUGCCGGCCUGAAUCCAAGUCUCCAUAUCGAACCAUUAAAAAAUACUUCUAAAAUUCUAAAUGAAGUAUAUAUAAAUGUAUAAAUAGUAAUAAUAUUAAUAAAAUAUAAAUGAUAAUAUUAUGUGUCUAGAAAAAAAUCUUUCAACUUAAAAAUUGACUUUCAAAUGUAUAAAUCGUUUGUUCGGAAUAGUAAUGAUUUUUUUGUAGUUAUCUCUAUGGCAUUACAAAAGAUACUUGGACAUCUUCAUUUGGAUUAGUCAAUACAUUUUUAUCUGAAGGGGGAAGAGAGAGUGGAGCCACAUAAUGAGGAAGAGAUUUAAUUUUUUUUGAAUUGACAAGACUCUUGGCUCAAACGAUGAAUCCCUCCACUUCCACUUAACAUUUUCAUAUUUUCCAUUCCGCAUUUUUUAGUCGACUAGACAUGCCAAGAAUUUGCAUCGUAAAUUAAAAUUCAUACGCUAAUUGUAUUUAGACGGUUUCAUCUUAUGCUGUUGAUGUCAGUUACAAUUAAUCUCUUUUUCCUCCGCACAAGUUGCAGUAUGUGAUACAUAUCUAAUAACAAUUGCUGAUCAAUGAGUAAGAGGAUUCCAGAAUGUGAGGGUGGAAAUUUCGUUACAAAGUAUUUGUUAUUUUAAAGGGAAAAAAAAAUUCACCUUGUCCCACCCCUCUCUCUUUCUCGCUCUUGUCCAAAUUAGUUGCCCAGACGAUAAAUUCAAAGUAAAUUUAUUCAGAGUUUUACCGUACAAAUUUCUAUUGAAUUACCGAGCUUUUAAUCACUCCUCAAUAGUAUCAAAAUGCUAUUAAAAUAAAGGGCUGUGCAUUGAACGAACUGAUCGGAUGCGUUGUUUUAUAAUGACUAAUAAGCUUAAUAUAGAUUAAAAAUUCAAAUAGCCAAGUGUGAGGACGUGGAACUCCACUCGUGACAGUGAGAGUAAUCCAUACCGACGAUUCAAUAAGAUCCGUAUGCUGUUUGUAAUAUAAUACACGAAGUCGUUGAAUAAUUCUUAAAAUAAAAGUCAUAUGCAUAACGACACGUGAUGGACACUGCAGCUCUUGAAUUUUUAUCCAGAGGAUGAGGAAUCAGCCGGUAUUAUUACUAAUAUUUAUUGAAGUCAUUUAUGUCACGUUCUUGUAUUGCACUUUGUAUAUAAACAUUUAUCUUAAUCAAUAUAUAACUUGUUAAAUCAUGAAAACGUUUCACAGUCAAUCUCCCUAAUUAAUCCCAAAUUUUUUUGC